CACUGAUCUCACACACUCUCCGCUGGACUUGGGGCUACUUCUGGCUACAUCUGAAAGGCUGAAACUGUCUGGGAAUAAAGAAUCCUUGUAACAAUGCCGGAACCCACCAAGAAAGAUGAAACUGAAAAUGAAAGUGCACCGCCACCUCCAGAACAAACAACACCACAGGAGGGUGGAAAUGAAAAGGGUAAAGAUGAAGAUGACACCUCAGUUAGUACUCCACCAGCAGAUGGGAUGUCUAAGCCAGCGGAAAGAAAAGAUUCAGUAUGGUCUCUUGGAGAAGGAGCUCCAGAAGAGUCAGAAAAACGUGACGACGCCCAAAGAUCCACUUUAUUCAUCGAGAAACCUCAGAGCGGGACAGUGAGUGUUGGUGGGAAUAUCACAUUUAUAGCCAAAGUAGAAGCCAAAGAUCUUCUCCGAAAGCCAAAUGUUAAGUGGUUUAAAGGAAAAUGGAUGGAUCUGGCCAGUAAAGCAGGGAAGCAUCUGCAGCUGAAGGAGUCCUUCGAGCGUCACACUAAGAUUCAUACAUUUGAGAUGCAGAUCAUCAAAGCUAAGGAAAACUAUGCAGGGAACUAUCGCUGUGAAGUAUCUUAUAAGGACAAAUUUGACAGCUGCUCUUUUGACCUUGAGGUCACUGAAUCUUCCCAAGCUGCUCCAUCCAUUGACAUCAGAUCUGCUUUCAAGAGAAGCGGUGAAGGACAAGAGGAUGCAGGAGAACUUGACUUUAGUGGUCUCCUGAAACGUAGGGAGGUUAAGCAGCAAGAGGAGGAGCCUGAGGUGGACGUGUGGGAUCUGCUGAAGAACGCGAACCCCAGCGAGUACGAGAAGAUCGCCUUCCAGUACGGCAUCACCGACCUGAGGGGGAUGCUGAAGCGCCUGAAGCGCAUGCGCAGGGAGGUCAAGAAGAGCGCAGCUUUUGCCAAAGGCCUUGAUCCUGCAUACCAGGUGGACAAAGGAGGUAAAGUAAGGUUCAUGGUGGAGCUAGCAGAUCCAACAGUGGAACUCAAGUGGUAUAAAAAUGGCCAAGAAAUACGACCAAGUGCAAAAUACAUUUUUGAGCACAAAGGUAACCAGCGAAUUUUAUUCAUCAAUAAUUGCACCAUGGCAGACGAUGCUCGCUAUUAUGUAACAGCUGGUGAUGAGAAAUGCUCCACAGAACUGUUUGUGAGAGAUCCCCCGAUUCUGGUGACCAAAGGCCUGGAGGAUACCAGCACCUAUGUUGGUGAACGAGUAGAGCUGAGCUGUGAAGUGUCUGAGGAGAAUGCAAACGUGAAAUGGUUUAGAAAUGGCGUAGAACUUUCCGAUGAUCCUAAAUCUCGAUAUCGAAUUAAGGUUGAGGGUAAAAAACACACUUUGAUCAUAGAGGAAGCUGCCAAAAAUGACACUGCAACUUACUCAGUAAUGACAACUGGAGGGCAAUCAGAAGCCAAGCUUGCAGUUGACUUGAGACCAUUGAAGAUAUCACUUGCACUAGAAGACCAGACUGUGAGGCUGGGACAGGAAAUCCACUUGAAGUGUGAGAUAUCUGAGAAUGUGGAAGGGAAAUGGUACAAAAACGGGCAGCUGAUUGAAGCUAGUGACCGUGUAAAGCUUUAUCACAAAGGAAGAAUCCACAGAUUUGUUAUACCAGUUUCUGCUGUUGAUGAUGAGGGUGAAUACAUGUUUGUGCCAGAUGCCUACAACAUUAAUAUUCCAUGCAAAGUACAUAUUGUGGAUCCUCCUAAACUUCACCUGGAUGGUCUUGGAGAAAAUAACACUGUGACAGUAGUGGCAGGAAACAAACUACGACUUGAGAUCCCCAUCACUGGUGAACCACCUCCAAAAGUCUUCUGGAGUAGAGGGGACAAGAUGGUCACAGACAGUGGAAGAAUACGGGCAGAAUCAUACCCAGACAGCAGCUGCCUGGUCAUUGAUGCAGCUGAGAGGGAGGAUUCGGGUCCUUUCAGGAUCACUUUGAAGAAUGAGGCUGGAGAGGACACAGCUCUGAUCAACAUUAAAGUGGUUGAUGUCCCUGAUCCUCCUCAGGCACCAAAUGUGACUGAGGUGGGUGAAGACUGGUGUAUUAUGACCUGGGAACCUCCAGCAAAUGAUGGUGGAUCACCCAUUUUAGGAUAUUUUAUUGAGAGGAAAAAGAAACAGAGCUCCAGGUGGAUGAGGCUGAAUUUUGAACUGUGUAAGGAAACAACUUUUGAGCCAAAAAAAAUGAUUGAAGGUGUUGCUUAUGAGGUUCGUGUGUUUGCUGUCAAUGCCAUUGGCAUGUCCAAGCCAAGUAUGCCUUCCAAGUCCUUUGUUCCUUUAGCUGUGACCAGCCCCCCAACCAUGCUGGCCGUGGACACCGUGACCGACACCUCGGUGACAAUGAAGUGGAGGCCACCAGACCAGAUUGGGGCGGCAGGGCUGGACGGCUACGUGGUGGAAUACUGCUUUGAAGGAAGUAUCAGGUGCUCUGGCUGUCAGGCAGAGACUAAUCAGGCAGAAAACCUCAAGGAGCAGGGUUGUGUUCAGGCUUCCCUUGAUGGAUUCUCUCAAGGUAUAUCGACAGAUCUGUCUGAGGAAUUGGGGGAGCCACCUUUUAACCUGGAAGCCGAUGAAUGGAUUGUGGCUAACCCAGAGUUGACAGACAAAACGAAGUUUACCAUCAAUGGCCUUCCAACUGGCUCGAAAAUCCUUGUGAGAGUAAAAGCUGUGAAUGCUGCUGGUGAAAGUGAGCCCAAGUACCACCCACAGCCUAUUUUAGUCAAGGAAGUGAUAGAACCUCCAAAGAUUCGUCUACCGAGACACUUAAAACAAACCUAUACUCGAAGAGUUGGAGAAACUGUGAAUCUUGUUAUUCCUUUCCAGGGAAAACCAAGAGCAAAGGUGUCGUGGCAGAAGAACGGGUCUCCGAUCGACAAGAACGACAUCAACAUCCGCAACACCGAGAACGACACCAUCAUCUUCAUCAGGAAGGCAGAACGGGGGCACUCCGGGGAGUACGACAUGAAGGUGGAGGUGGAGAACCUGGUGGACAAAGCUACCAUAGAUAUUCAGAUCGUUGAUCGCCCAGGCCCACCAGAGGUUGUAACUAUUGAGGAUGUCUGGGGAGAGAAUGUAAAUUUAUCAUGGAAGCCACCAAAAGAUGAUGGCAAUGCUGCCAUUACUGGGUACACUAUUCAAAAAGCAGAUAAGAAGAGUAUGGAGUGGUUCACCGUGAUCGAGCACUACCACCGCACCAGCGCCACCAUCAACGAGCUGGUCAUCGGCAACGAGUACUACUUCAGGGUCUUUGCUGAGAACAUGUGCGGCCUCAGCGAGGAUGCAACCAUGACCAAAGAGAGUGCCUUGAUUGCCAAGGAUGGUAAAGUCUACAAAUACCCAGUUUACGAUGACUUUGACUUCAGCGAGCGGCCGCUGUUCACUCAGCCCCUGGUGAACACGUUUGCUGUAGCUGGUUACAAUGCCACCCUGAACUGCAGCGUCCGGGGCAACCCCAAGCCCAAGAUAACCUGGAUGAAAAACAAAGUGCUCAUCAUGAACGACCCGAGGUACCGGAUGUUCAGCAACCAAGGUGUCUGCACCUUGGAGAUCCGCAAACCCAGCCCCUACGACGGAGGCACCUACACCUGCCGAGCAGUCAACGAGCUGGGGGAGGCAGAGGUGGACUGUAAACUGGAAGUAAGAGGUGGGCUUUCGUUCUUCAAGCUAUUAAUGGAUGGAGUGCCUCCGCAUAUCAUUGACUCGUAUAUGCGUGAAGUGCAGGCAGACAAAACUGAAGGGAAGUGAGACUCCGUCCACAGCGCUUCCUCCCACUGCACUCGAAGCUGGUGGCAGAAUGACAACAUUUUAGUUCUUGCAACGACAGAAUAACAUGUGUGGUGGGGGAUUUUAUGACUUUUUUUUUUUUCUUAAUUGUUCUUUUGUUUUCCCUACCUGCUCUUACUGAAAAGAAAGAAUACGCAUGGAUUGCUUUGAGGUUGAAAUGAAAUGAACUGAAGUCAACACACGUUUUGUAAUGUUCGGCUUUAUUUUCUGUUUGAUACCGUGUUCUGUUUUUUAAUGAGGAAAGAGGGGAAGCUGUGUAACAAGCAUAAGGAGGCAGUCAGUCUGUACUCAGUGGUACAAAGCAUAUCUUUCUCAGACUGGAAGUACAUGGAUUAGCCAGUAGAUGUGCAAUAAGAUCCUUGGAAAACAUACCUCUGAUAAUGUAUCUUAUUCGCCUGAGAAUUGUUUAACAGAAUAUGGUUUUACUAUAAUGUAACUAAUGCAUAUGUAAUUAAAGAUCAUUUAAGCUGAACUUCCUAUAGAAGUUUUGAUUUCCUAAAUCUGACCCAUUGCUCUCUCAUCUUUACUGAAAUUGUUUUAUUUAAUGUACAAUAAACAUGAAGUGUUUAAGGUCUAUUAAGUUCUUGUUUUCUUUUUUUUUUUUCUGUCUCAUUUUACCACAUUUCUUGUUUUAUUUCCACUUAGAAUAAAUCAGAUACUUGUGCCCACCAUAUGGGGUGGAAAACAGUAUCAGCAGUCAUUCAACCCAGUGGGCUUACACCUUAAGAUACAUGACACAGAAUGUGAGCGGAGAUAAAUGCUGCGGACACAUGCAAUUUUUUAUCUCUGUAUUUUCAAUAUUUUAAAUGUGAUAAAUUCCAACUAUGAUGGCUUUCACCAUUCUGGAUCCACUCCCUUUCCCCAGUAAUUCAUGGAGCUCUUGGAGCUAUCACAUCAGAAAAGGGACAUAGCACUGUUGAGUUCACUGUGCAUGCCAAAAGUGCCUGAGAUAAGGUAGAAUGGCAACAUUUCUUCUCCAACUCCAGCAUCAUUAACCUCCAAGUUCCUUAGGAGAGGGGGUGAUUGUCCCUAAGUCUCCAGCAAACUCUGAAGCAUGUGAGACACAAGGUCACACAUAUUUUGGGAAGGUUGUCAGUCAUUUAUUUACCAGUUCUCACUGGCUGUACAAAUAGAGCAGGUUAUGUGCUCACUGGCUAAUGACUGAUCUCCAAUUACGGUUUAUAAAGAUAAAGGCCUACUUAGACCAGUAGUACAUCACAAGAUGUUUAUUUGUUGUCAGUGCAUUUUCAAACACUCAGCAGUCAGUAAUUAUGCAAUAAUAAAAGAAUGUGUUACUCUGAACUGCCACAGCUGCAGUGGUGUUCUUACAGUUGUCCUCCCACUUCUUUUGCUUUGGGGAUCUGAGUGCAUUUUCUCACGUUGUUGUGUGAAUCUUACCCUGAGAGAAAGACAGAUAGAUAGACAGAUACAUACAUCAAUAGAUAGAUUCUUUCUCUUUUCUCAUUUUUUUUACAUCUUUGAGAUUUCUUCUGUAGUGCUAUCUGUGCAGGGAAGCAAUUCUGCAUUCCCAGUGAUCCUGGACACCUCCCCACACCCCACCUGCAUGUCACCCUGCUCCUCCCAAAAUCAAUCUUCUCAUACACAUUCAUUUACACCUACACGUGAAAGAAAGCAACACAUCUACUAGGAAGAGGAGGAUUAAUACAGAAUUAAUAAUUUCUGUUUAUUCUGUAUCUCACUGGUGAAUUGAGACUCCCUUCAUCUAUUUGGAAGCACAGAAAGCUGCAGGAGAAGGUCAGUUUGAUUCCGUGACUUUUAAGUAUUUAAGCACAUGGCCCUCAUUUAAAGUCUGUUAUAGUCAGCACCAAAAGCUACAGUUACUGUAAGUUUGUGCUUGUCACUAAGCUCAAAAAUGAGGCAUCUGCACUUUGUAUGAAUAACGUUUACAGCUUCAAGCUUACAUUUAUCUGCCUCCUCAGUCUCAAUAUUCCACACGUAAUAACCUGGAAGCCAGCAUAACCUCAGACUCUGUGGGCUCUCUGUGGAUGGAAUUAGCCACUCUAAUUUCCCCUAGAUGCCAGCGUUGUUAAAGGACAAGCUGAACUAAGCUCCUUUUCCCUGUGAGAACAGUCAGCGUUGCACCGGGCUGCCCUCAAUUCCUCCGCUUGCGCUGCCCAGCAUUCUCCACUGGCCGUCCCCGGGGCUGGGGAGGAAUGGCCCGCAGGAAGUUCAGGGCAUGGGCCGGGGCUGGGGCUGCAGGAGGGGGCAUUGACGCGCUCUAAAUUCACACCCGGCAGCUAUACACUCUACACUAAGAGUUAUCCAGCUUUUGGAAAAAUGACUGGGUGGUGC